AUGGUGCACAUGCCUGUCGGUCGUGGGAUAUUCCCCUUACUCAUCACGACUUUAUCAUUGGCGCACGCCUUCAGAGUCUCUCCAAACUCACCAUGCACAAGCGUUUGCACCACCUCCGACUCAUCGCAAUCAGAUCCAAAGUUCUUCGAUGACCAAUGGAAAGACAUUGUCUGCACCGACCAGAACUUGGACGGCACAUCAAAGGGACAAAAGCUGCAGAGCUGCUUCACAUGCUUGCAGAACAGCACUUACACCCACGAUAGCGAGAGUGACCAGGAAUGGUUCCUUUAUAACCUGCGGUAUUCUUCCAGCUACUGCAUGUUUGGCUACCCCAACAACACCGGCAUUGACUCCGGCCCUUGCACGACGUCCGAGGGAUGCGGGAAUCUAGCCUCUGCUCUCGAAUUCGGCAUCAAGAGCCCAACCAACUCGACACCAUAUGACUACUGCGACGCCAGCGGAGGCGCCAUCACGAGUGACGAUGUCCAGGGAUGUCUGGGAUGUGUGGGAGCUGAUGGAAACCACAAUUAUCUUUCCAACUUCCUCCUCACGCUUCAAGGAGCAUGCAGGUCAAAGCCCGCCCCAGGCUCCAUCCUAAUCCUCAACAAUACCAUCUUUGGCAAUGACACCAUUCAAGUCCUUGACCCAUCAUCCCCUGCCAACUCUGACAGCCCCAAAAUCUCGAGCUCGAGAAUCGUGGGCAUCGUCGUUGGUGCUGCUGUCGUACUUGCGCUAGUCGCAGGUUUCAUCUUUGUGUGCGUCCGCAAGCGCAGGAAUCGCGCGAGACAGCAGAAUCGCACGUCUGGCUAUUCUUUCCGCUGCCAGACCAGAGUGACGCCCGUCACUCCACGGUUCCCUGAAGAUGUUCAGACCGACGUCGUCUCGCAUGGCGAAAAGCAUGCGCAUGUCAUGGUUACCACUGGUCUUGGAGCCAGUCCAUACGCCGCGGAUCAAUAUCCCUGGAACAGCCAAAGCUCGUUGACCGUCAGCAUCAAUAGACAGCAGGGCCCAGUGAUCAGGCCCAGCGUUAUAACUACUCUGUCGCCGCCGUCUCAGGCAUAUAUAUCGCCCCGGGCUUCCUCUCCCGACGACUUUGCAACGCCGGCGUCUGCUGUUUCAACUCGCUCCAACGCGCCCCUUCUUGGGCACCAGCCCCCUGGAUAUACGCCUUCUCCCCACCUGAGCCCGUCCAGCAGCUGGUCACCGACGCCAAAACCCCAACGGCCUGAGAGGAAGUGGGAAGAGGAGAAUGGUGGAAUAACAAAUGCCCUUGGGCUGAUUAGCAAGAAAAAGAGUAGGACAAGCGUGGGGAGCCCAGUCCAAAGCGACAUUCUCAUUACGUCUUUUCCACCGCCGCCUACGCGUGCAGUGAGGUAG